AUGGAAAUGGGCACAAAAAAAGCGCGAAAACUCACCGUCGCCCAGGUCCUUUUCAAGCGCAAACCGGUCCAAUACCUUCCGCGACCCGUCAUCGAAGAUGAUAGCUCCGAGGUCUGGGUUAUUCCGGAGACCAAUGAGGUCUUCACGAGCUAUGAGCCGUAUCUUCAGCGGAUGGACUUUUAUAAACAACGCCGAUUUAUUUGCGAGAUCACCGGCCAUUCGGGAAUGAACUUUUUUGAAGCCCUUCGCAGCGAAUUGGAGGAAUCGCGAGAAGUCAAUAAUAGCUUUCCCGAGGCUUUGAAGGAACCGAUCCUACGCCGAAUUCAAUUUUCGACUGUGUCAAGAGUGGAUAGCUUGGUGGAUGAAGUUUAUGAAGAAUUCAAGUCGGACUUCUACCCAGGGGAACCGGUGCUUAUUCUCUUGGAAGAUAGCACUAGGCUACAUGGAACAAUCCGGGACAAGGCCAAUUUCGCUGAACAACUAUAUGCCGAUGGAACCAUCAAAACUCCCGCAUAUGCGAGAUAUCUCGUCAAGAUCUCCGACCGACCUAACGAAGAAGCCUUGCUAGAUCAAGAUCAUAUCACUCGGGAUCGAAAAUCUUUUACCAAGUUGAUGUUGCGCGGUUUUAUCAAAAACAAUGUUACGCGAGAGUCCUGGACCGGCGCGCCUUGGCUGGUGAAGCCGUCGGUCGCGGAGGAGUACAAGAUUUCCACAGAGGUCCCCAAGCAUCUGCAGUAUGGUGCAAAAGUGGCGGAAAAGAAGGCAAUGAAGAAGGCAGAUCAAGACGGCUUCUUUGGCUUCUUCUCCUCUCAACAGCUGCCUGAACUGAAGCCUGCCGUCAAGGGCCAGAAAGCAAAAGUUUCCGCGCAGGAGCUGGCAAAAUCACGAGAUGCGCAGUUUCAAGAGUAUCAGCGAUCGCUGAACGGUAAUCCCUCUUUUCUCUCACCCGGAAAUCCGCCUCGACCGAGCAAGCCGCCGCUGGCCGGCGACAAGAAGAACGCACAGCCCUCAGUUGUUAUCAAGUCCGAGUCCCAAGCACCGUCACCACCACCGGUCAAAUAUCCCAUGGAGGAUUUGGAACUUGCUCCCAAUCGGGACAAGGAUCAUCGCCCUACCUUGAAAUUCCUGAUUAUGGGGGAAACAGAUGACGAAGGAGCCGAGGACCUCUUGCCGGAUGAUCUGGAAACCGAAUCAGUUGGAUUGCUUCUCGAAACCUGGGACACACUCAACGUGUAUUGUGAGGUGUUCCAGCUGGAUUCGUUCACGUUCGACGACUUCAUCCAAGCUAUGCGGUUUUCAUCGGAGGAGAUGGACUGCGAGUUGUUUGUGGAGAUGCAUUGUGCCAUUUUGAAAAAACUGGUGAACUCUGAUGACAAUGGUGGCGCUGUUCAGAUCUCUCUUCCCGAUUUUCCGUCCGAAGAUUCCGAGUCUGACUCCGAGGAGGAUGGCGAGGAAGACGAGGAUGAGGACGAGGAAGAUGGGGAGGAGGAGGAGCCGAGUCUCGCGACCAGAAUGACCACCCGCGGAAGCCUGGCCAAAAAAGAGGCUGAGAGCCUGAAAGCACAAAUAGAGGAAACUCCUGAAGAUGAACGGAUCCAUCGUGCGGCAGAGAUGUUCGAAACCUACGGGUGGAUCGACCGUCUACGCCGACGUGACUUCCGCAACGGUGGAUGGGAAUUGGUCAUGAUUGGUCUCCUCCAUCAGUUGUCCGUUCGCCCUCGUCUUCAACAGACUUGCAAUGACAUCCUCAAGUACCUCGCACCCUUGGAUGAGCCUGCUACACAGAAGACCGCGCGGGAGCAGUACCGUACCCUCGAUAUCAACAUGCGUGUCAAGGCUCUUCAAAUGAUCUGUAUGCUGAGUUUGGAGACGAAAGCCAUUCGGAAUUAUAUGGAAGAAUGCAGUGUUCAGAUGACGGAGUUCCGCAAGGUGAAGAUUGAGCACCAGAAAGCGCGUAAAGCAGCACUGAGUGAACUACGCCAAUUGAACCAGGAACGCAAGGCGCUUCAACCCGAACCCGAAAAAACCGAGAAAUCGCCGACUCCUGUGCCCGAACUUGAUGGUCUCGAUGACUCAAAGAUGACUGGCCUAGAAGGUGAUUCUGAGAUGAUUAUGGAUACCGAAGAUGAGGAUACUCCUCGCCCUCGCGCGCUCCGUGGCGGCGCGGACCGUGUUGCCGAGCGGAAGCGCAAGCAAGAAGAGGAGCGGGAGCGAAAAGAGCAGCUAGCCAAACAGCCCAAGGGAUCCAAGCAAUAUCAACGGGUCCUCAAGAAAAUCGAAGAUCAGAAGGCGAAGAUUGAGAAAAUUGAGGAGAAGAUCGAAAUUGUGGAUAAUGACUUGCGAGAGGCCGACUGCCCGCGAACCCGAUGCCUCGGACUGGAUCGUUUUUGCAAUCGGUACUGGUGGUUUGAGCGCAAUGCGAUGCCCCACGCCGGCAUGCCCGACAGCUCGACUGCGGAGGCGCAGUACGCGAACGGCCGCCUCUGGGUCCAGGGCCCCGACGAGAUGGAGCGAGCGGGAUUCAUCGAUCUGACCGAUGAGCAGCGCAAGCAGUAUCAGAAGCAUUUCCAGACGACGCCGGCCGAGCGCAAGAAGAAUGAAGAAGGCCCGACGCAUGUGGCGGAUGCUCGCGAAUGGGGCUACUACGAAGAUCCCGAGGCGAUCGAGCAGCUGAUCGACUGGCUCGACUCGCGGGGUAAUCGCGAGUCCAAGCUCUUGAAAGAGCUCCAGUUGCAACACAAAACCAUUGUGAAGUACAUGAAGAACCGCCACGACUACCUGACCGAGACCGCCGAACGGGCCGAGUCAGAGGAGCUGCCCACUAAGCGUGUGACCACUCGCAACAAGACAUAUGUGGACGUCAACGAACACCGCCUCCGCUGUCUACGAUGGAAAAACAUGACCGCACUCAGCGAGAACGGCCAGCUCCAUGUCGACCCCGAGCGGCCGGCUAAACGCACCAAGCGGAACGCCGACGAUACGCGGGGGACCCGGGCCACGCGGGGUAAGCCUUUGACCCGGCGGGGAUCGCGCCGAGGGUGA